AUGGAUACCUCAAUUCAUUUCGCAGAUGCAGAGGUGCAUCCAGUUCGGACGCAGUCCGUGGGUGGAGUGUACCCUAUGCGCUCACGCACGAAGUCGCAUGUGAACAGGACUUCCGUAGAUGCGAAGAUUAGCGAACUGGAAGACGCGGAAGACGAGGAUGCUGGUCUGCGCGAUGAGCGCGAUUUUAAACGCAGCCAGGUAUUCAGUCUCACACAGAUCCUCGUCCUCGCGUACCAAUCUACCGGUGUCAUCUAUGGCGACAUUGGGACAUCCCCCCUCUAUGUUUACUCCUCGACGUUUACAGAGGCUCCUACUCGAAUCAACCUGCUUGGUGCUUUGUCGCUGAUACUAUGGUCUGUCACCUUGAUGGUCACUGUCAAAUACGUCUUGAUUAUUCUGCACGCCGACAACGAUGGAGAGGGUGGUACAUUCAGCACAUACUCUCUCCUCUCAAAAUAUGCGAACAUUGCCAACAGAGAUCCUCGUGAAGCUACCCUGAUACGCAUGCAGCGACACAAUACCAAUGAUCUGGGCCGGUCCACGAGAAAUAUUCGCUCAACGAUCGAAAAGUCCAAGUUCUUUCGCGGCUUGCUGCAGGUCAUUGGCGUACUCGCCGUAUCGAUGGUCAUGGCUGAUGGCGUGCUGACUCCUGCUCAAUCCGUCUUGGGCGCCGUACAAGGUCUCAACGUCGUGAAGCCCGACAUCGAGAAGUCUACUAUUAUCGGUGUUACAUGCGCUAUUCUUGUUCUUUUGUUCGUCGUACAGCCGCUUGGUAUUUCGAAACUAACGUUCGUCUUCUCACCCAUUGUCAUUUUAUGGCUGGCCUUGAACGCUGGAUUCGGUAUAUACAACUUGGCCAAGCACGAUCAUACGAUCUUGAAGGCUUUCAACCCUUUCUAUGCGUUCGACUACCUGAUAAGAAACAAGUAUGAAGGAUGGAGGAGCCUUGGGGGUAUACUCCUCGCCUUCACUGGUGUUGAAGCUCUGUUUGCCGAUAUUGGAGCUUUCAGUCGUCGUGCGGUUCAGAUCAGUUGGCUUGGAUACGCUUAUCCUUGUCUUCUCCUUGCCUACAGCGGUCAGGCUGCGUACAUCAGUGUACACCCAGAGGCCUACUCCAACCCUUUCUAUAACUGUGCUCCGCCGGGAUGGCUCAUUUUCUCGCUCAUCGUAGCUAUCGCGGCUGCCAUUGUCGCGUCACAGGCUAUGAUCACUGCGACAUUCCAGCUCCUUACCCAGAUCAUGAAGCUCUCUUACUUCCCCCAGAUCAAGGUUGUUCACACUUCGACAACCUACCAUGGACAGUUGUACAUUCCAAGCAUCAACUGGCUUCUUAUGAUCGGCACUGUCCUUGUUGCUGCCAUCUACAACAACACAACAUCCUUGGGUAAUGCCUACGGUGUAUGCGUAAUGUUCGUCACGUUCUUCGACACGUGCAUGGUCACGCUUGUUGCAAUCUUGGUGUGGCGCAUCAAACCAUAUUUCGUGCUUCUUCCGUGGCUUACUAUCGCUGCUCUGGACGGCGCAUACCUAUCCUCGGCACUUACCAAAGUACCAGAUGGAGCCUGGUUCACUAUUCUUCUGGCCUGUCUUCUCGGAUCCAUAUUUAUUCUCUGGCGUUUCGGCAAAGAGCAACAGUGGGGUGCGGAAGCUAGCGAUCGCUUCCCAACAACACACUUCGUCAAGACAUUACAAGACGGCCGCCUUGAAUUGACCGAGAUGUUUGGCAGCAAAUCAGUCGGAACCAUGGAGGGUUUCGGAAUCUUCUUCGACAAAGCUGGCGAAACGACCCCUAUUGUCUUUAGUCAGUUCAUUCGAAAGCUGGUGACGAUCCCCGAAGUUAUCGUUUUCUUUCAUCUUCGGCCGCUAGAGGUACCUUUCGUUGCCCCGGAUAAUCGGUACAGCGUAUCACGACUAGCAAUUCCCAACUGCUACCGCCUAGUAGUACGCCAUGGGUAUAUGGACGAAGUCAUCACACCAGAUUUGGCCUCCCUCAUCUAUGAGAAGGUUCGCAACCACAUCGUCGCACGAGCUCUUGAACGCGAAGGUGAGAUACCUACGAAGGCUACAGGCGUUCAGACUGAAAAGAACGGUACCGUUGAGACUGUUGCUGGAAGCGGCAUAUCCACUCCAACACGCAGCUCAACGACUUCUGCGCGCUUAGAAGCCCUCGAACGCGCAUACAACCACGAGGUAUUGUACAUCAUCGGCAAAGAAACGAUGAAGAUCAAGGUUGGCACAAACAUCAUCAGACGGUUCUUCCUAAAUGCUUUCUUGUUCAUUCGGGAGAACUCGAGGGCGAAGAUUGCUAGUUUGAGUGUUCCGAUGGACAAGGUUAUUGAGGUUGGUUUUGUUAAGGAUGUCUGA